AUGGCUUCCUUCCUCCGCCAACUCACUUCCACUUCUGAACCUCCCUACGGACGGAGGGACAGCAGCAUCGGCAGUAGCUAUACCGACACCAUGGCCGCGUCUACCUCGCACAAGAUUCGCUCCCCGGGAGAGGCUGUGGCAAGAAUCGCAUAUCUGUCCAGCGACCUGAUCGUCUCGGUACAGCCAGCACAGUCCGUCGACACGGAGUUCUCCUCGCACUUGCACAGAUACGCUGGCCGUAAAGACCCGAAUCUGGUGGCGACCACAACAGGAUCCGUCCCAGAGAUCCAGGUAGUCAGACAUAAUGCCGACCCUCUCCUCUCCGUCUUCACACCAAUUCGCAGUGGGAAGCUGGUGACAGUGACCACCAGCUCCUCCAUCCUCGUCUCUUCCGUACCCCACCUCUACCGCCUGGCGAACCUCCCAGUGGUUAUCCACGUUUCCCUACAGCCGGCGCACUAUCCAGAUUACUCCUCCAUUACCUCGAUUCGCAAUUCUGGCUUCACAUUUCUCCAGUCCGAGACAUUACAGGAAGCGCAAGAUAUUGCGUUAACAGCUCACGCGCUGGCAAUCAAGUCAGGAAAAGGUGUAAUACAUUUCUUCGACGCUGGAUCUUCCGCGCAGAAUAGCCCUAUUCCUUUCGAAAACACAGACGCUGUUAGUCAGAUCCUGGAUAUUGAUGCUGUGCGGGCCUUUCAGAGCUCCAAGAUCGGUGGCACCAGCAUAUAUGCCGACGAUGGAAGAGUGGCGACGAUCACAGAGGCUGCAGCUGCCCCGGAAGUGGUCGGUGCCAUGGAAGGCGUUGAGGAGACCUCGGUAACAACGAUUGCACAAACACCUCUCGAGGCGGCUUCCAAGGCUUCUUCUUCUGUAGGUUCCUCGGUUUCUGGACGAGAAACCAGCGUGGACAGCAAGGGUAGCGUGUCGUCAGCUACCACUGUUGACUCUACAAUUACCCGAGCUGUGACAUCAGACGACAUUUACAAUUUCGUAACUGCCAUCUGGACACAAAUCAAGGAGAAACUCGGACGCGAAUACACGCCUUUCCACUACUCGGGACCAUCAAAUGCCGAGACGGCUUUGUUUAUUUUCGGAUCUGACGUAGGCGUGUUUUCCGAGGCGCUUCGCUCAGCCAAGUCUAGCGAGAUAUACGCGAAGGCCGGUAUCAUUACCGCGCGAUUGUACAGACCUUGGCUGGGGUCGAAGCUCAUUGAGACGAUUCCGCAGUCAAUCAAGAAGAUCGCGGUCCUCGAGCAAAUCCGCCGGAAGACUACCAAAUGGGGUCCUCUUCUUCUGGAUCUCCUUACCACUCUGAAAUCUGGACCCGGUGGUCGUGUUGAGACUAUUGUCGGUCACCAACUUGGUUUUAUCGAGCCGACGGCUAUUCGGCAAGCACUGCGCGGCGUAUUUCAGAAUCUGAAGUCUGAGAGGCCAAUCCAGAAUUUGGAGGUGGGCAACUCUGAUGGACCCACGGAGCCAUUAGAAGCGUAUAAGCUCGUACAGCCAAAAGUUGAGUCUGCAUAUACCAAGAUUUUAGACCAGAUCUUCGGACAGCGACUGUAUGUGGCAAAUGCGCUUGGCUCUCAAAAUGCUGGGAUUUCGGCUACUGUGGCGGCGAACCCUGAGUUUGGAUUUGGUUCUCUGGUUGCCCGACAGGAACACCGCCAACGGUUCGUCAGCGAGAUUCGGCAAGCUUCCACAUCUAAUGAAUUUGUGACUGAGUCUGUGAAGCCUUGGUUGGCGAGGUGGGCUUUGGCGCCCAAUGAUGACUUGGAGACGGCCGAGUUGGCAGAUGAGAUCAUUUCGCGGCUCCAAACCGACGGAUCUGCCCUGUCCCAAACUUUGCUCUCCAAGAAGGGCCUCUUACGGAAAGAGUCCCAGUGGCUUGUCGGCUCGGACGCUUGGGCUUAUGACUUGGGUAACUCUGGAGUCCAUCACGUUAUUGCUUCUGGCGAAAAUGUAAACAUGCUCAUUAUCGACUCUACACCCUACUCGGAAGGCUCUGCUCAAGACGCGACUCGACGGAAGAAGGACGUCGGUCUUUACGCUAUGAACUACGGAAAUGCUUACGUCGCUUCUGUGGCUGUGUACAGCUCUUAUACCCAAGUUCUUCAAGCUAUGAUCGAGGCCGAUCAAUUCGAGGGCCCUUCGGUUGUUGUCGCCUACCUCCCAUACUUCAAGGAGAACGACUCUCCGUUGACCGUUCUUCAGGAGACAAAGAAAGCGGUUGGCCUUGGAUACUGGCCACUGUACAGAUGGAACCCGUCGAACGAAGAUAGGGGAGAGCCGAACUUCUCUCUGGACUCGGAACGCAUCAAGAAGGAGCUGAAAGACUUCUUGGCGCGUGAUAACCAUCUUACUCAGCUGAUGAAGCGACACCCCGAGUUCUCCUCGACAUUGGCCCAGGAUUACGGAGCCGAGGUCCGGGAGUUGCAGAAGCGUAAGGCUAAGGAUGCGUACAAUCAGCUACUCGAGGGCCUCUACGGCGCUCCUUUGACGAUUCUCUUCGCUUCUGAUAACGGCAACGCUGAGACUUUGUCCAAGCGUCUCGCCAACAGAGGUAAAGCUCGUGGUCUCAAGACCCUGGUCAUGGCUAUGGAAGACUAUCCAGUCGAGGAUCUUGCAAAGGAGGAGAACAUCGUUUUCUUGUCCAGUACCGCCGGUCAAGGAGAAUUCCCUCAAAACGGUCGAGCUUUCUGGGACGCCAUCAAGGAUAAUACGGAGCUCGACCUCGCGAAUGUCAACUUCUCCGUCUUUGCGCUUGGUGACAGCCAUUACUGGCCUCGCAAGGAGGACAAGCACUACUACAACAAGCCUGGAAAGGAUCUUGAUCGGGUGCUUGCGAACUUUGGUGCUAAGAGACUUGCGGAGGUGGGACUCGGUGAUGAUCAGGAUCCUGACGGAUAUCAGACUGGAUACCAGAACUGGGAGCCGUUGAUCUGGAAAGCUCUUGGUGUGGACAAAGUUGAGGGAAUUGUUGACGAGCCUCCACCAAUCACCAACGAGGACAUAAAGUUGUCCUCGAACUUCCUUCGUGGUACCAUCGAGGAAGGUCUGCAGGACCCAAGUACUGGCGCUAUUUCGGCGUCUGAUUCACAGUUGACCAAAUUCCAUGGUACCUACAUGCAGGACGACCGUGAUCUCCGUGACGAGCGAAAGGCCCAGGGCCUUGAGCCUGCUUACUCCUUCAUGAUCCGAUGCAGACUGGACGGUGGUGUGUCGACUCCCAAGCAAUGGAUCCAGAUGGACGAUGUCAGCAACAAAUUCGGCAACGAGACAAUGAAGCUAACAACCCGUCAAACCUUCCAAUUCCAUGGCGUCGUCAAGGGCAAGCUGAAGUCAGCUAUGCGAGGUAUCAACGCGGCUCUGAUGACUACACUUGCUGCUUGUGGUGAUGUCAAUCGAAACGUCAUGUGCAGUAGUUUGCCAACUGCUUCAAAGUACCACCGUGAGGUUUACGCUUGCGCAGGGAAGAUCUCUGAUCACUUACUUCCAUCCACCACCGCCUACCACGAGAUUUGGUUGAAGGAUGAUAACGACAAGAAAACUUUAGUAGCAGGCGAUGCUGUCCAGGAUUUCGAGCCUCUUUAUGGCCCGACAUACCUUCCGAGAAAGUUCAAGAUUACCAUCGCCAUUCCUCCACACAAUGACACUGAUGUUUACGCACACGACAUUGGUCUUGUCGCAUGCAAGGGCAAGGACGGCCACUUGACUGGUUUCAACCUCCUCGCCGGUGGUGGAAUGGGUGUCACUCACAACAACAAGAAGACAUACCCACGAACUGGCAGUAUGCUCGGAUUUGUUCCUAAGGACGAAGUCCACAUUGCAUGCGAGAAAGUCAUGCUAGUCCAACGUGAUCAUGGUGAUCGUAAGAACCGCAAGCACGCCCGUCUAAAGUAUACAAUCGACGACAUGGGAGUCGAUGUAUUCAAGGGCAAGGUCGAGGAGCUCUGGGGCAAGAAGUUCGGCAAGCCGAAGCCAUUCAUGUUCAUCAGCAACAUCGAUACUUUCGGCUGGCAGAAGGACGAAUAUGGGUUGAACCACUUCACAUUCUUUAUUGAGAAUGGCCGUAUCGAGGACACCGCUACCUUCCCCAUGAAGACUGGUCUCCGAGAGAUUGCCAAGGUCCACAAGGGCGAGUUUCGCUUGACUGGGAACCAGCAUUUGAUCAUCAGUAACGUUGCUGAUGAGGAUCUUCCCCAAAUCAAGGAAAUGAUGGCUAAGUACAAGCUCGACAACACCGACUUCUCCGGUCUUCGCAUGUCCUCUUCGGCCUGUGUCGCGUUCCCGACCUGCGGUCUCGCCAUGGCUGAGAGUGAGCGCUACCUCCCCGUGCUGAUCAGCAAGCUGGAGGGAAUUAUUGAGGAGAACGGCAUGCGGCAAGACUCCAUCGUCAUGCGCAUGACCGGAUGCCCCAAUGGAUGUGCUCGGCCAUGGCUCGCUGAAGUCGCUUUCGUCGGCAAGGCAUACGGCGCCUACAAUAUGUAUUUGGGCGGUGGUUACCAUGGCCAACGUCUAAACAAGCUGUACCGAAGCAGCAUCAAGGAAGACGAGAUCUUGGCCAUUAUGAAGCCACUGUUGAAGCGCUACUCCAUUGAGCGCAAUAAUGGCGAGCAUUUCGGCGACUUCUGUAUCCGGAUUGGCAUGAUCAAGGAGACGACCGAGGGGAAGACCUUCCACGAUGAUGUUGCCGAGGAGGAGUCUGAUGAGGAGUAG